AUGAGCACCCCGGCGGUCCCGGGCGACCUGCAGCUGCCCCCGAGCCAGCGGGCCCGGCCCGCGUUCAGAGAGCAAAGAAAACAAAAACUCAAGGAGCAUCUGUUAAAAAGAAAAACAUUUUUUGCAUACAAUCAGGAAAAUCAGAAAUUCUCCAGUAGUAGAAACAAGGGAAUAGUGACAUCCAAGAGCCCGGUCCAAGAAGAGACAAAAGUUCUGAAACUUAAGACAAAAAUGGCUGAUAAAGAAAAUGUCCAUAGACCUACGAGCAAAAGUAAUAUAACAAUGGAAAAAAAUUGUAUUCCGUUAAAACCUUCUAAUGAAUUGACCAGUUCAACUAUAGCCACUGAUACAUGUAACUUGGAGAAUAAUCAAACUCUGCAGUUGUUACCAAUUACAAAUGCUCACCAAAGUCAACGUAUGACAUUAAGCCAAGCAUUUCACAUUAAAAACAAUAAUAAAAAGAAGCCAGUGACUACAGAAAAACCAAAGCAAGAUGCUAACGUGCUCAAGAAACCUGUGCUUGGAUCUUACCGUGGCCAAAUUGUUCAAUCUAAGGUUAAUUCAUUUAGAAAACCUGUACAAGUCAAAGAUGAGCAUUCUGCAACAACAAAAAAACUUUCAACUAUCUCUAAGGCCACAAAACCUCAGCCUGUAAACACCAGCAAUGUAACAGCAAAAAGUCACCAAGCCUCAAAUAUGACCACUAAAUUUGUGAGGUCUGCAUCUCAGAAUGAACAACUUUUACGUCCUCCUAUUAGAAGUCAUCACAGUAAUACUCUUAAUACCCAGGAAUCCCUGAAACGAGGCAUUGCCAAUGUUACAAUUCGGAAAGGGUCUCAUGAGAAAGAAUUACUACAAUUAAAUACAGUUUUACCUAGUGUCAAAACCAUUUCUUCUCAGGAAGUAAAAAGAAAUAAGACAGUAUCAAGAAGCAUCACAUCUGAAAUGAUAGCUAGGCCUGCUUCAUCUAAUAUCAAACAGAUAGAAAAGUCAAAAACCAUUGACCAGUGCAGACAUACUAUGGCAAAAGCAACUAUCAACAGUAGAAGGCCUCAGCCCAAAGAAACUGUAGAAGAAAGAAAAGCUCGUCUGAGUGAGUGGAGAGCUAGCAAAGGAAAAAUGCUGAAAAGGCCUCCUAGCUCAGUAAUAACCCAGCCUGAAUCUGAAGGGCAGAAUGAAAAACCAGUUGGGUCAUUUUGGACUACCAUGGCAGAAGAAGAUGAACAAAGAUUAUUUACUGAAAAAGUAAACAAGACAUUUUCUGAAUGCCUAAACCUGAUUAAUGAGGGAUGCCCAAAAGAAGAAGUAUUAGAUACACUGAAUGACCUGAUUAAAAAUAUUCCAGACGCCAAAAAACUUGUUAAGUAUUGGAUAUGCCUUGCACGUGUUGAACCACUCACAAGUUCUAUUGAAAAUAUUAUCUCAAUCUUUGAGAAGGCCAUUCUGGCAGGAGCUCAGCCUAUUGAAGAAAUGCGACAUGCAAUUGCAGAUAUUCUAGCAAUGAAGAGUCAAGAAAAAGUUAAAUUUGGAGAAAAUCUUGAGGAGGCUUGUGCAACCAAGGAAAAAAUCCAAGAAGUCAACAUUGAAGAUAUUUGUGUUAAUCUAGAGUCAGGAAAACCUGAAAUAGAAAAGAAACAUCAUAGAAAUGUGGAAUUUCAAGAUUUAAAAAAAGAGCAAGUACACAAAACAAAAGAUCCAACCAAUGAUGUUAAAACCCCCAACACAGGAACUAGAGAGGGUUGCUUAAUUAAAUAUAAUGUGUCUACUACACCAUACUUGCAAAGUGUAAAAAAGAAAAUGCAGCUUGACGAAAUAAAUUCUACAUUUAAAGAGCUCAAGUUUCUAACACCAGUUAGACGUUCUCAGCGACUUCAAGACAAGACUUCUAAAUUGCCCGAUAUGUUGAAAGACCAUUAUCCUUGUGUGUCUUCAUUGGAACAGUUAACAGAGUUGGGGGAUGAAACUGAUGCUUUUAUAUGCCGCCCUAAUGCAGCACUGUUCCGGAUGACUUUGGAGACUGAAACAACAGAAGAGAAAUAA